AAAAAAAUGAUCUCUUUUUUCUUAAAAGAAAAUGAAGAAAAAACUAUGUUAUAUAUAAUAUAAACCCUUAUUCACUGUUACCAUCCCACAUGGGGAGUGAGGGAGAGAGUAAAAAGAAAAAGGAGGAUUAGGGUUAGAGGCGGUGAGCGUCCCCUACCCAUCUACAGAGCGCACCAGCACUAGCUUGCAGCAUCCUAGCCUGUGGAUCAUUGGCAGUAAACAUGGGCAACAUAGUGCGAACCCUAAAAACGAGGUUUGAUACUACAUCCCUUUCCUCGUCUGAACGUCGCACCAGCAGUAGCUCGCUGCAGCCUGUUGAUCACACGAUCGGUGAAAUAAACGAGAGUUUGGGCACUAGCUCGCAGCAGCUUGUGGGUCAGACGAUCGUUGAAAUAAACGAGAGUUUUGGUACAGAUUCCACACUUCCAUUCACUCCAUCCCUUUCCUUGUCUUCCUCAACAUCUGAAAAUCGCACCAGCAUUAGCUCGCAGCUGGAUUGCACAAUCAUCAUCAACAGGGUGGAAACCCUAAAAAGGUGGUUUGGUGAUUCUUGGACCUUUGUGAGGAGCUUGUUUGCAUUCCUUUCCUUGACAGCUGAAGUCAACAUUGACGACAUGGAGGAACUAAAAAGGGAGUUCGAAACUGCUAAGACCUUUCUCAUCGGCUUGUUUACUGGGUCCUUUGCGUUUUCUGGUUUGUCGUGGCAGAUAGAAAACCAGUAUGCUAAGGCUGUUUUUCUCCUUUCCAACUUUGGAUGUAUCCUCUACUCCGGGGCAGCCAUGUGUAUGAUAAUCCGUGGUCCUUACAACAGAAGGACCAUUCUACUGGUAAAGCGCAAGAUUUGCAUUGGUAUGGCGAUCUUGAUCGGGGCCUAUCUGGUUUUUGUGCCCAGCCUGCUCCCUGCAAAGUGGAUGGUGCCAGCUGUGGUGGCCGUGCUGAUUAUCAACGCGGUGUUUUCAUGGCUAGGCUAUUAAUUCGGUCAGAGAUAUUCUUAUAAAUGGGUUGUUGGAACAUCAUGUUCCCACCUGAUGGCGUUUUGGUUUCUGUUGGUUAUGAUGCAUCUGUGCCUUUCUAAAACUUUAAGCUACCAGAUUCUUAUAAAUUGUUUGCUCGAACAUCAUGUUGUUGCCUUAUGGCGUUUUUGUUUCUGUUGGAUAUGAUGAAUCUCUGCAUUUCUAGGACUUUAAGCUGCCAGAUUCUUAUAAAUGGUUUGCUUGAACAUCAUGUUCUUGCGGUACAACGUUUUUGUUUCGGUUGGAUAUAAUGCAUCUGAGCCUUUCUAAUAUUUUAAGCUAA